GUGCUGUGCGAACGAAUUUUUAGUUAAAUUAAAAUUACAUGUUUUGAUUUGAUGUUCAAAUAACAUAGAUAUUAAAUUUAAAUUAAAGUUUCUUUGAUUGACAUUUGAAACUCUGAAAAAUACAAAACGAUGACUCAGAUAUCAGAUUUACCUGUACUAAAAAACAGUAUCUUAUCGUAUUUAUAAUGAAUUCAUAUUAAACCAGUUAUACGUUAUACGUGAACAACUAAUGCCAGACGCAAUUAAUUGGAAAAUUAACUAAAAUCACACUGCUUUAUCUAUAUUUUAAUGUUUUGAAUGACAUUAUAAACGAUUCAAGAAGAAUUUCGACCUGAUCUCAACUGUUUGAUAUCUUCAAAUGUUUUGCAUCGUACCUACUUACGCCGUCUAACAUAAAACAUACACACAUGUUGAGUAACACGUGUUAGAUUUUUGACCAUAUGUAUGCAUACAUAAACCUCCAGUGAUCGAGUACCAGUGAUCAAGGACCAUUCAUAAAUAACGUUGAUCUCUGAUCAGUAGAAAGCUAGAGAGUGGAGUUUGGAUGUGAGCAUACUCUCACGUGGAAAGAAAGAUCAAGAAUGUCUUACAAGAAUACACGUGGUUCAUGAACGGUCCCUGAAUGAACCUUCUUCGAUCAGCAGCAUCAGACCAAUUUAGAUUCUUCUGCUGGAAUAUAGUGCAUAGAAUUUCGUUUCUACUUCUUUGAGAUAAGACUGACCGGAACUUGAUUAGUAGGGAUAUCAUGUUAAGGAAAUUAAUUCUGUUACUUUUCAUUGCUAUCCAACAUAGUGUUAUUGAAUGUGACGAAAAUGACGAAGAAGAACAACCUCAGCCAACUUCAUUCAUCGAUUUAUAUGAACAAGGCGUGCAGAGCUAUCUCGGGAACGAGUUCGAAGACUGUGUUUAUUUCCUGGAGAAUGCGGUAGAAAAGUAUCGAGCUUAUUAUGAGUCUACGGCCAACUGUCGAAUAGAGUGUGAAUAUGCUAGCCGAAAUAUAAGAAAUAAAGGGGAAUUUCUCCAUGAGACUGAUGUUGAAAAUUUACGUUUUUACGAGCUCAUUAUCAGGAGGACACUUUGCAUUAGAAAGUGUAGAAGCCGCGAAGGAAUUCAGUUGCCAUUUGAGGAGGAUUACGAUGGAUAUUAUAUGGACCUGUUUAAACAUAGGCAGGCCUAUACCUAUUUACAUGCUUGUUACACCAAAACAAACCAGGUAACAUUAGCUGCUUCGGCAGCAUUAACAUACAUGGUUAAACAUCCCGGAGACACAGUUAUGCAGAAAAAUUUUGAAGCUGCUCUCGAAAAACCUGGCGUUGAUAAGGAAGAAAUUUUGGAUUUAGAAGAGAAGAAAUUCGUCAAAAUGUUCGUAGCCGGUAUUUUGAAAAUAAAUGAUCAGAAAUGGGAGGAGGUAAUUUCACUGAUGGAAAGCUCGAUCAUGCAAUUUAUUUACGAUGAAAAUCAAUGCCGAGCGUACUGUGAAGGGGAAUUUGAUCAUGGAUUUCUACCCGACUUUAUUUCCUCAAUUGCAAAUCAUUUUACCAAUGCAUUGUACUGUAAAAGAAAUUGCACUCAAGAAAUGGGCAUGGUACGUGGAAAAUAUUAUGAAUUUUUGUUCGCCGGUCAUUAUCAAUAUCUACAGAUGGCCUAUUAUGAAGUGAAAAAAUAUGAAGAAUCUUACAGAUCAGGUCUGAGCUAUUUAUUAUUCAAAGGCGACGAUACUCAUAUGCUCGACAGCUUGAAGAUUAUCGAGAAAGAAAUGAAAGGACUACUUAACGAAAACCCCUAUAAGCCGAGAAGGGAAGCACAGGAAUAUUACGAUCGGGAUAACUACGAGAAGAAACUCGUUGCUUACAUCAAACAAGAGUUUGUCAAUUCGGAAAGUGAGGAUAACCUUGAUAAUAUAUCCACAAGCAUCGAUCCAAAAACCAGCAGUUCGUCUGAGCUGAUCAGUGAUGAACAACCACACGAUGAUCAUAGUACUCAUCAUGCAUUUUCAACGCACGAAGAAAUCAUUUACCAAACCUCCAGCCAUGGUUAUCAACAUGAAGAACUUUGAGUAGAAUUAUGUGCCAUAGAUAACUUACCUCAAAUCAAACGGAAUUCGGAACAAAGAAAAAUGUUUACUUUAUAUUCGUAGUAUAUAUUUUCUGUUUUUAUAAUUCAUCACAAACUUACAAAGGCCAAACACUUUAGCCUAUAUAUUCGAAUGUAUGUUUCUCAAUGUACAAUAUGUGAAUGCGAAAAAUUCAAUAAUGAAUUUUUGUUUUCAUAAGAGAUAAAUAAAACUGCUACUGUGAAAUAUAAUCAA